UUCCAACAAGGCUCAAUCUUCAGUUCAACUCCCUUUCUCCUGUCUUCCCCUUCCACUCUUCUAUUCAACCCCCCCUUCGGCCCAAAUCGCGGCCAGCGAGAGGCUGAUUUUCUUGCGCCAUCCGCCCUUUGACUCAACCGAGCUAGAGUAUGACGCAGGGCUUGGGACUAUUUCGACUUUGUUCUCUUGCUCAAUGAGGCCUCAACUUUGAAGAAGAGCCGGCAAUUCUCUCAACUCUUUUCUUUUUAAUUGCAGGCUCCGUGGUCUUCAAGUUCACAUGUCUGAGUCGAACUUUUGACGGCACCAACAGUUGAUUACUUCUUCGGCCUCUCGAAAUAACCGUUCUUUUCUUUUAUUCUUUUUACGCCCCUCCGUGCCCCCUAUUCUACCAGACCGCAAACCGGCAGACAUUCUUCAACCUGUCCAAGCAAACCAACAAAACCGUCCAUCGACAGUCGAGUCGAAAGAUUUAUAUAUAUAUCACCCGGCAUGGCUAUGAUAGACCACCAAUACCUCACUUCUUCAACACCAUUCCGUCCUGAAGACCUUUCCGGGGACAUCCCAGGGUCCUGUUCUUCUGUGGCACAGUCAGCUGCAUACGCAACAACUCCCUACACCACAAUCACCACCUUCAAUCUCUCGCAUAACUGUGACUCGUCUCUUCCGACGCCCAUCUCCGGUGCUGGUUCGCCUCCUAUGCACCAGAGGUCGGAGUUUAUGCACGGGUAUCCCUCCACGACCAGCCCCCAUUCUCAGCAACCUACCGCCCCCUCUGGCCCCUCAUCCCCGGGUUCAGUGCACAAGAUGUACUGGAACCAGGGCUUCGACAUGACGGCUCCUCCGAGCCAAACCGGGUCGCCCAUGUCCAUUGCGCCUCCCACCUCCUCGGAGAAUCAGUUCGAUAUGAACUAUAUCUUGACUGACGGCCAGACCAUGAAGGAAGAGAUUCGGGAACCUCCAGAACCAUAUUUCGGGUCGUUUGGCGUCUCUGCUUCGGAACCAGAGGGCGUCGCCGCCUCAUCACACCAUCUCCAUCAUCAUCAUCAGGGCUACUACGCUGUUGACCCCAUGCACCCAAUGGGCCACAUGAACUCUACCCUCACCCCGAGUUCUCUGGUAAUCAAACAGGAAACCGAAAUAGAGCUGGACGCUCGCAACAGCAACAACCACAACCACCACCAUACUCACCACGUCACCCGCCCCGUCAUGCACAAUACUCAGAGUCCUCUCCUCAACCAGACCCACUCGCACCAGUUCCAUACACAACAACAUCAACAACAACAUCAACAACAACAUCAUCAACAACAUCAUCAACAUCAUCAUCAACAACCAGAACAACCACCACCACCACCACAACAACAACAGCAGCACUUGUUAGCGAACCCCAGCAACGAAGACCCCCACCUCAUACCCAGCUACGGCGUCCCCAGGACGACCAUGGUCUCAAGUCCCAGGAUAAAGAGGCCCCAGCCAUCAGCGCCACGGUCCUUCAAGCGACCUCGGAUGCGAGGACGCCCGACAUCACUCGGCAGCGGUCGCGAAGGGGGCAACAACAACAACAACAACAACAACAACAACAACAACAACAGCCACACUAGCAAAGACGCGUCGAACGAUGCCACGGCUAGCAGCGGUGCACAACGCAACAAGAAGGUCUUCAGGAACCAGCAGGGCGGCAGCAGUAGUAGCAAGGGCGGCGGGCAGACCAACGCGGGCGAACCCCUGCGCUUCAAGCCUGGCAUCCCCGAGACGGAUAAGUUUCUGUUCGAGCUCCGGCAAAAACACGACGACAAUAAGGGGAAGGGCAUGUGGGAUCCCAUCGCGGCUGAGUAUAAUCGGCGCUUUGGGUGCAGCUUUGACAGGGCUGCGCUUCAGAUGCGGUUGUCGAGGGCCAAGUCGAAGUGGGUGCAGUGGUCGGGGCGAGAUGACCAUGCGUUAAUCGAGGCCGCACGACAGGUUGAGCAGCAAUAUUACCGCCAAGUACACAUGAAGUACAAGGAAUUGGGCGGCAACCCGCAAGCCGACUUCAACGUGGGCAACAUCGAGAUGCGCAUGGUCGAGCUCGGUCUCUCGGACGUGUGGAUGGAGUCCUGGAAGGGGGACCCCAAGAAGAUGUCCAUCCGGCGGCGGCGGAAGUUGAAUGAGCGCCAGCGCAGCUCGGCCGCCACAUCGCGGGACGACGCGACAGCGGCUCGGGACGCUUACAUCCAACACCACCCGGGUGGACAACAGCAGCAACAACAGCAACAACAACAGCAGCAGCAACAAUUCCAGCAAACCCCCAACCAGCCGUCCUACGACGAGUUCGCGCCUUCCGGCAUCAGCACCUUCCCGACAAUACACCUGACGCAGGAAGAACACGAACGGGUCAUGGCCAAUAUCGAAAGCAGGGGGUAUCCCCUGGACGGCUCGGCGUCUCCCGAAACCGCGGCGGCUGCCUUGACGGGCGGCGGGGACGGGAAGCGGGACGAAGACGGUUCGGGCAGGGGCGCGUCGGUGUCGGCGACGGCGGGGCAAUCCGGAAUCGCUGCCGCUGCCGCUGCCGCUGCCGCUGCCGAACAACACGACGAGUCUGGCCUACGGGUGGGGAAGCAGGCGGCAGCCAGACGAGGAAUGGGGCAGGGCCAGAAAGGGUCGCCUCAGAAUCGCGGUCGUGGGAUGGUGAUGCAACAACAUCACGUCUCUCGGCAACAUGCUUCUCACCAUUGUUGAGGCGUUGCGUUGUUGUACUUUCCAAACUUCUUCUUCUUCUUCUUCUUCUUCUUCUUCUUCUUCUUCUUCUUCUUCUCCCCCCUUUUCCCCUUUCUUUUCUCUUUUUGCCUUUUUCUCUUCCCCCUUCUGCUUUAUCUG